GAUAAUCUGCUUAAACUUAUCUGUAAAGGAGCGGGUAACUGUAAGUUAUGUAAAUAUUUUAUUAUGCGUGGGAAUAUAACAUCAGAUUUUUUAAAAAUAGAAUUGCUUUAGUUAAUAUUUAUUGUAAUGAUGAUUUUUUUUUUGCAAGGAUCUUAAAAUGAUAUUUUCAUUCUCUACUUGGAUAUGAAUAAAACAUUACUAACAAUUUAUUUUAUAAAUGCAUGUAAAACAAAGUAAUAAUUUAAAGAAUAUUUUUAUAUAUUUUUGUAAAAUAUUAACAAGCUAUAAUUAUACAAUGUUAGAAUUAGUUGAUUUGUCAUAUACACAUAUUAAAUCUAUAUAUGUUGUAUUACACACAAUAUAAAAUAUAUUGUAUGUAAAUAACUUAUAACACAUUAUUUUUUCUUUUUUUAAUUUAAAUAUAUACAUUUACUGUUGUUCAAGCUAUAAAUGCAUUAGGAUUUGGAAAAUUUCAAGUUAAGUUAUCUUUAUUUACGGGUCUCUGUUGGAUGGUAGAUAGUAUGGAAAUAACAAUAUUAAGCAUUUUAAGUCCAUCAUUACAUUGUGAUUGGGGUAUAACCAGAUAUCAACAAGCUUUAACAACUACGGUUGUCUUUUUAGGUAUGAUGUUAAGUUCUACAUUUUGGAGUAGUUUAAGUGACAGAUAUGGAAGUAAACAAUCCUUAACUUUAUGUGCAAUAUUAUUAGUCUAUUAUGCUUUUUUAAGUGCUUUUGCACCAAAUUUCCUUUGGAUUUUAUUGCUUAGAGGAUUAGUUGGAUUUGCUAUUGGUUGUGUACCACAAUCUGUUACAUUAUAUGCAGAAUUUCUUCCAGCAAAACAAAGAGCAAAAUGUGUAAUUUUAUUAGAUUGUUUUUGGGCACUUGGAGCUUGUUUUGAAGUAGCAAUAGCUUUGGCUAUAAUGCCAACUUUUGGUUGGAGAUGGCUUCUCAUUUUAUCGACAAUACCACUUUUUAUAUUUGCUAUUAUCACUCCAUGGUUACCAGAAUCUACAGUAUUUGAUAUAACAAGCGGAAGAAUGGAUAAAGCUGUUUCAACUUUAGAACGAGUAGCAAGAGAAAACAAAAAACCUUUACCUCCAGGAAGAUUAGUUAUGGAUCGUUUCUAUCAAAUUAACCAUGGCAAAUUAAAAGAUGUAUUAAGUAAAGAAAUGUGUAAAACAUCUACCUUACUUUGGCUUGUAUGGAUGAGUACAGCAUUUUGUUAUUAUGGCGUUGUACUAAUGACUACAGAAUUAUUUCAUACGUCAUCCGAACAAUGUAGUUCAUGGGAAAAUGAAAAAGAAGAUGUUUGUCAAUUAGAUUGUCGUUUAGAACGUAGCGAUUAUAUUGAUCUUCUUUGGACAACAUUAGCUGAAUUUCCAGGAAUUUUUUCUACUAUUUUUGCAAUUGAAAAAAUUGGUAGAAGAAAAACAAUGGCUUUUCAACUAAUAAUGUUUGCCAUGCUUAUUUGUUUUUUAGGCAGAGCAUGCCUAUUAAGCAGAGUAGCAUUAACAUUGACAAUUUUUUUAGCCAGAGCUUUAAUUGCAGGCGUGUUUCAAGCAGCAUAUGUCUAUACUCCAGAAGUAUAUCCAACUCAUUUACGUAGCAUUGGUGUUAGUACAUGUAGCGCAAUGGCUAGAAUUGGUGCAAUGGUUACACCAUAUAUUGCACAAGUAUUUCUUCAAUGGUCUAUUACUGGAGCAAUGGCAAUUUAUGCUACAACAGCAUUAUGUGCUGCAAUAGCUACACUUGCUUUACCUGUCGAAGUGAAAAAUCGUACAUCUAAUGAGUCUCAAGAAACGAGAUAAAAUUUCGAUGAAUAUUCCAGUUUUUUUUCUCUUUUUAAUAUCAAAAUGUUUUAAAAGACAAAAUAUAUUUCCAUUGACACUC